AAACAUCUCUGUCGCGCACACACUCUAAGCCCUAGUUUGUCAACUAAACCCCUAACAAGAAACUCCAUUUCUUCUUCAUUCCCCAAACCUCGCAAAAACAGAAAUGGCGUCUGCAAACACAAUCUCGACCGCCUCCAUCCUCCCUUCCUCAUCUAAACAGAAUGGGUUGAAGAAUAGGAAGGUGAAGCAGCUAUUGCAGCAGGGGCAGAAGCAGUCCAGGAAUCGCUUUGUGGUGAAGGCCAAUGCUAAGGAGAUCGCCUUUGAUCAGAAAUCGCGCUCUGCAAUGCAGUCCGGGAUCGAUAAGCUCGCCAACGCUGUCGGCCUCACUCUUGGUCCCAGGGGAAGGAAUGUUGUCUUGGAUGAGUUUGGGUCCCCUAAGGUGGUCAAUGAUGGGGUUACAAUUGCACGUGCCAUUGAGUUGCCUGAUGCUAUGGAAAAUGCCGGCGCUGCUCUGAUUAGGGAGGUUGCUAGCAAGACAAAUGAUUCCGCCGGUGAUGGGACUACCACUGCAUCUGUUCUUGCACGUGAAGUUAUCAAACUUGGCCUGCUCAGUGUUACAUCGGGUGCCAACGCAGUUGCUGUGAAGAAAGGAAUUGAGAAAACCGUACAGGGUUUAGUUGAUGAGCUCGAAAAGAAGGCUAGGCCAGUCAAGGGCCGGGAUGAUAUUAAAGCCAUUGCAUCCAUCUCUGCUGGGAAUGAUGAGAUAAUUGGGACAAUGAUUGCUGAUGCGAUUGACAAGGUUGGACCGGAUGGCGUUCUGUCCAUUGAGUCAUCAUCCUCCUUUGAGACCACUGUCGAUGUAGAAGAAGGAAUGGAGAUUGACAGAGGAUAUAUCUCUCCGCAAUUUGUCACAAACCCAGAGAAGCUGACUGUUGAGUUCGAGAAUGCUAGGGUAUUAGUUACAGACCAGAAGAUCUCAGCAAUCAAGGACAUCAUUCCUUUGUUAGAGAAAACCACCCAGUUAAGGGCACCUUUACUCAUUAUUGCUGAAGAUGUCACUGGAGAAGCUUUGGCAACCCUCGUUGUAAACAAGCUCCGAGGUGUCGUAAAUGUGGCAGCCAUCAAAGCCCCUGGAUUUGGAGAACGGAGGAAAGCUCUUCUUCAAGAUAUUGCCAUUUUGACUGGGGCUGAGUAUCAAGCUACUGAUUUGGGAUUGCGUGUGGAAGACACUGAUAUUGACCAGCUGGGUAUUGCUAGAAAAAUAACCAUCUCCAAGGACUCGACUACAGUAAUUGCCGAUGCUGCAUCCAAGGAUGAGCUGCAGGCUAGAAUUGCUCAACUUAAACGGGAGCUUUCUGAGACUGAUUCUGUUUACGACUCCGAGAAACUUGCUGAGAGAAUUGCCAAGCUGUCUGGUGGUGUUGCUGUUAUCAAAGUUGGUGCUGCAACAGAGACUGAGCUUGAGGACUGCAAGCUCCGUAUUGAAGAUGCCAAAAAUGCAACAUUUGCUGCCAUUGAGGAAGGAAUUGUGCCCGGUGGCGGAGCUGCGUUGGUGCAUCUCUCAACUUUCGUCCCAGAGAUCAAGGACAAGCUUGACGAUGCUGAUGAGCGACUUGGUGCUGAUAUCAUACAAAAGGCUUUAGUAGCGCCGGCAGCUUUAAUUGCCCAAAAUGCUGGGGUGGAAGGCGAGGUAGUUGUGGAGAAAGUGAGGGCCAAUGAAUGGGAGUUUGGUUACAAUGCGCUUACUGAUUCGUACGAGAACUUGGUAGAGUCUGGAGUGAUUGACCCAGCCAAGGUGACGAGAUGCGCCCUGCAAAACGCAGCUUCAGUUGCUGGAAUGGUGCUCACAACACAAGCCAUUGUGGUCGAGAAAGCCAAGCCUAAGGCAGCAGCCGCUGCCGGUCAGCCACCUGCAGGCAGCUAUGCAGUCUAAUCUGGGAAUAAUUUUAGAAGGAUUUAGUGUACUAUUUAAGGAGAGGGAUUGUUUUGGGUGUGUUUUAAGCGAGCUGAGUUUCAUAUAUUGGUCGACAACAUUCAACUUGAUAAAAAUGGCUUCAAAUUGUAAUGUUAGAUAAUAAAAUGACUCUUGGCAUUCUGCCA